AUGGCUGCGAAGCGCACACGGGCUCGCACUAGGCGGCUCCCGACCGUGCUCGUCCUCGACUUCUGGGACUCGUACACGGCCAACAUCCUCAAGCUCAUCGACCAGCUCGCCCGCGACAGCGCGUCAACGCACGAGGGCGACGGCGCAGGGCAGCAGUGGGACUGUGCAGAGUGGCAGGACCGGGUCGUGGUCGUCAACGUCGACUCGCUGUCGUGGGACUCGUUCGAGCACGACAUCCUCCCGCACGUGGACUGCGUCAUCCUCGGCCCCGGUCCCGGCACCCCUCACCGCAAGAGCGACUUCUCGUGGCCGACUCGGCUCCUCGACCAAGUCGGCCACCGCGUCCCGAUCUUUGGCCUGUGCCUCGGCUGUCAAGGACUCGCGACGGUCCACGGUGGCUCGGUCGUUCGAGCAACAGCGCCCAAGCACGGCCAGGUCAGCUCGAUCCGCCACGCGUGCGCGUCGUGUACCUCGUCCAGCCUGUUCAGCGGCAUCCCGACCUCGUUCGACGCCGUUCAGUACAACAGCCUCGUCGUCGACCCGCACUCGCUCCCGGACGAGCUCGAGGUCAUCGCGUGGACGGCGGCUGCAGACGGGUCUGACGAGGUCAUGGCGCUCCGGCAUCGCUACAAGCCGCUGUGGGGCUCGAUCUCGUCCACCUACGGCUCGCGCAUCCUCGGCAACUUCUUCGCGUCGGCCCUCAACUUCCACGCUCGCGCCGAGUGCACCCCGAACCUGCCGCCGCACGUCCUCGCCCUCUCGACGACCUACCGCCCGACUCGCCCACGUGCGCCAGCGCAGCAGGUCGCGCCGACCUGGGAGCAAAGGACAGUCGCUCUCGACGUCGCAGAGGGCUGGUCCCCGCGCCUCGUCUUUGAGCGACUCGUCAAGGGGCGCUCGGAGCUCGGCGAGGUCUGGCUCGACUCGGCGAGGCCGACGGGCGUCCCGCAGCACUCUCACGUCUUCUCGCCGCAAGCGACGUUCGCCUACUCGGUCGGCGCGUCGACCCUCACCCUCCGCACCUCUUCCACCUCUUCCCGCACCUCGCCCAUCCCGGAGUCGACCACCUUCUUCAACGUCAUCGGCGACGCGCAGGCGCACCUCAAGCGCUUGACGCGCCUGCAGCCCAGCUCGGCGCCGCACGGCCCGCUCGGCUUCGUUGGCCACGUUGGGUACGAGGUCAAGGACGUGACGCUCCCGCUGUCGCGCUCGCGCGUGCCGCACGCGGUGAGCGAGGAGCACGACGGCGCCGUCUUGGCCUUUGCGGGCUGCAUGCUGUCGUACGCGCACGAGGAGGGCGAGUGGAGCGCGAGCGGGCUCGUGCGCCUCGAGGGCGGCGGCGGCGGCGGCAGCCCCGAGGCGGGCUCGUCGGCGGCGCUUGUCGAUGACGUCGGGUUGAGCGAGGAGGACUGGAGCGCAUGGGUCGCCGAGGUGCAGCAGACGCUCGCCGCUCCUCCCGUCGCCGACCCCGACUCGCCUGCGCCGGCCGCCCUCCCGACCGACUUUGCGCCGGACCAGUCGCGCGCCGAGUACAUGGCGUCGAUCGAGCAGGCUCGCCGGUCGAUCGUCGCCGGCGACGCCUACGAGCUGUGCCUCACGACCCAGUUCCGCUCGACCUUCCCUCCCUCGUCGCCCCUCGUCGCCGACCCGUACCCGCUCUACCUCACCCUGCGCAACACCAACCCGGCGCCCUACGCCGCCUACUUCCACCUCCCGCUCAACGAUCUCGCCCUCUUGUCGACCUCGCCCGAGCGCUUCCUGCGCAUCGACGCCGCCGGGCGCGCGAGCAUGAAGCCCAUCAAGGGCACGGCGCGCCGCUCGUCCGACCCGGUCGAGGACGCCCGGCGCCGCGACGCCCUCGAGGCCGACGUCAAGGAGCGCGCCGAGAACCUCAUGAUCGUCGACUUGAUCCGGAACGACCUGCUCAAGAGCUGCGACGUCGAGAGCGUCGAGGUCGAGGCGCUCAUGCAGAUCGAGACGUACCAGACGGUCCACCAGCUCGUUACGACCGUCGUCGGCCAGCUCGGCGAGGGCGUCAACCCGUUCGAGGCCAUGGCCAAGGCGUUCCCUCCUGGCUCGAUGACGGGUGCGCCGAAGCUGCGCAGCCUGCAGCUCCUCGACGACCUCGAGCGGCACGUCGCUCGCCGCGCAUACUCUGGCGUCUUUGGCUUCCUCGCGAUUGACGGCUCGAGCGACUGGGCCGUCGUGAUCCGCACCCUCGUCAAGCGCGGGCGAGACCUCACACUCGGCGCCGGUGGCGCCAUCACGCACCUCUCGGACCCGGCCAAGGAGUGGGAGGAGGUGCUCACCAAGGUCGACGCCGUCCUCGGCCGCACCGCCUAGCCUCCCCUUUUCCUUUCUCCCUUCCUCUCUCUUCCUCUCACACAUACACUCGCAUCCCUAGAUACGCCUCAACGGCGCCAGUACCUUCUCCUCCAGUCGGCGAGCUCGUUCCCGCCUCCCGACCUCGUCCUCCCUUGUCGUUGUACGUCUCGAUCCUGCCUUACCCGACUGGCGUAGAUUCAUCUCUCGCAUCCUCCUCGC